GCGGCAGCUGGUGGGUCCUGCGGUGACUCCGGGGCGGGGCUGUGGGCAGGGUGCCGAUUGAAAGACCGACUCCGCGGGAAUGGGGGGUGUGGUUGUUCGGCCAGCGUCCUUCGAGUGGGAGAGUGGCUCCGCGACCACCGGUGGCCGGACCCCCUCUGCCUUCUGCUAGAGAUGCUUUUCCUCUCGUUUCAUGCAGGCUCCUGGGAAAGCUGGUGCUGCUGCUGCUGCCUGAUUCCUGCAGACCGAUCUUGGGACCGGGGCCCGCGCUGGCGGCUGGAGAUGGCGGACACUAGAUCGGUCCAUGAAACCAGGUUUGAGGCGGCCGUGAAGGUGAUCCAGAGUUUGCCGAAAAAUGGUUCAUUCCAGCCAACAAAUGAAAUGAUGCUCAAGUUCUAUAGCUUCUAUAAACAGGCAACUGAAGGACCCUGUAAGCUUUCAAGACCUGGAUUCUGGGAUCCUAUUGGAAGAUAUAAAUGGGAUGCUUGGAGUUCUUUGGGUGAUAUGACCAAGGAAGAAGCCAUGAUUGCAUAUGUUGAAGAAAUGAAAAAGAUUCUUGAAACUAUGCCAAUGACUGAAAAAGUUGAAGAAUUGCUACAUGUCAUAGGUCCAUUUUAUGAAAUUGUAGAAGACAAAAAGAGUGGAAGGAGUUCUGAUUUAACCUCAGUCCGACUGGAGAAAAUCUCUAAAUAUUUAGAAGAUCUUGGUAAUGUUCUAACUUCUACUCCAAAUGCUAAGACUGUUAAUGGUAAAGCUGAAAGCAGUGAUAGUGGAGCAGAGUCUGAGGAAGAAGAGGCCCAAGAAGUAAAAGGAGCAGAACAAAUGGAUAAUGCUAAGCAGAUGAUGAAGAAAUCAGAUUAUAAGAAUUUAGAGAUUAUUGUCACGAAUGGCUAUGAUAAAGACAGCUUUGUUCAGGAGAUACAGAAUGACAUUCAUGCCAACUCUUCUCCAAAUGACCAAAGUGCUGAUGAUGUAAAACCUGUAGAUAAAAACUUGGAGCAAACUGAAAAAGUUGCUGCCUGCAUUCACCAAGAUAUAAAUGAUGAUCAUGUUGAAGAUGUUUCAGGAAUUCAGCAUUUGACAAGUGAUUCAGACAGUGAAGUUUACUGUGAUUCUAUGGAGCAAUUUGGACAAGAAGAGUCUUUAGACAGUUUUACAUCAAACAAUGGACCAUUUCAGUAUUACUUGGGUAGUGAUUGCAAUCAGCCCUUGGAAAAUUCUGGUUUUCCUGAAGAUGUCCAAGUAUCUCCUGGAAGUGGCAACAUUGGGAAUAUGCAGGUGGUAACAGUUGAAGGAAAAGGUGAAGUAAAGCAUGGAGGAGAAGAUGGCAGAAGUAACAGUGGAGCACCACACCGUGAGAAGCGAGGCGGAGAAAAUGAGGAAUUCUCUAAUGUCAGAAGAGGGAGAGGACAUAGGAUGCCACAUUGGAGCGAAGGAACCAAAAGUGGGCAAGUGGGAAGUGGAGGUGAUGGAGAACGCUGGGGCUCAGACAGAGGAUCACGAGGCAGCCUCAAUGAGCAGAUUGCUCUAGUGCUCAUGAGAUUGCAGGAGGAUAUGCAGAAUGUCCUUCAGAGACUUCAAAAACUGGAAACACUAACCGCUUCACAGGCAAAAUCAUCAACGUUGCAGACUAGUACUCAACCUUCCUCACAGAGACCAUCUUGGUGGCCCUUUGAGAUGUCUCCUGGUGCAUUAACUUUUGCUAUUAUAUGGCCUUUUAUUGCCCAGUGGUUGGUGCAUUUAUAUUAUCAAAGAAGGAGAAGGUCUGAGAAAUACCUUGGAAUUCCUGAAUGUGCCCUGAAUCUCUGUUCUGAGGUGUUCCAGAAAAUCUUCAAUCCAAAAACUGGACACAAAAACUGAAUUACUUUCUUGAGCAAAUUGGCAAGAAAACUGAACUGAAGAAAAUGAUAUUUUACUUAAGAAGACUGCUGGGCCUGGAUGACCUCAGAAUGAAAUGGAUUGUGGAGUUCACAAGAAAAAUCUUAAUUUGUGAUGAUUACAUUUCUUUUUUGUUGUCCAGUAGUUUGGUUUGUGUACAUAUAUACAUACAUAUUUUUUGCACUACACAAAUGAUAACAUUUUAAGGACUAAUAGUGCUGAUACUUGAAUAAUCAAUCUGAACUAGUUUAUAAGUAACAUAUAUUGUACCCUACUCUUGAACUUGAAGGACAUUAAAUUAUUGUUUGGUAACAUUUACCUGAUUAUCUUCCAUAGAGAAAUAUAAGCUGCUUCCCAAGGUACAGAUCUGAUAAUAAGAUAAGAUUUAUAUAAGUGGGUAUUUUUCAUUUUCUAAGUUAAAUAUGAGAAAGAAUGUAAACCAAGAAUGAGUUUCAAAUGAGGGUAAAUGGAUUUUAUAUUAGUUACUGAAUUGCCAUGCCAAGUAGUAGAAACUGCUGGAAGAAUCUUCUCUACAUUCACUUUGUGGGCUGCACAUAAUCUUUCUUGAGUAGUCACAUCUCAGAGUUAAAUGUCAGGCAUCAUUAUUAAAAAUUAUAUCCCUUAGUUUUUACAAAUGAGUUACAGAUAGACAUAACAUGAUGAUGGAAAUUAUGAAAAAUGGGCUUAAUGUAAUAGAUUUAAAAGUAUAUUCUGAGCCUACAGAUAACCUAUAAGAUUUUAAUUCAAUCAUAUACAUAUAUUCCUUUGUAAUUAUUUUUCUUUGAGGAUAUCUAGUGUAUGCUUCAUAGGGUGCUUUGAAAUAUAAAAUGAAAACUUAUUUAUACUGUUUUUACAAAGGUAAAAAAGGAAACACAUUAAUAUCACUUUUCUGCAACUGGUAAACUAUACAGACGGGACUCUUUAACCUCUUAGUGCCUCAGUUUUUCCUUGGGGGUAUAAUAUUUGGAUAUACAUACUUCAUUAGGGGUAUUGGAAGGUUUUACAAGCUAACAGGCCAUAUGCUUUUUAUGAAUAGGCAUGCUCAACCAAUGAAAAUUCAAGUCCCUCUAUCCCACAUCUCACCUUUUAGACUAAAAGGAAGAUUGUAAUUUAGAUCCUUGAAGAUUGCAUUUGGAAAAUCAUUCUUCCUGUAUACCUUACAAAACUCUACAUUUAGUUAGAUGUACUUUGUGCUUUAAAGAUUUCUAUGAAUCAGAGACUUUGUAGCAGAUAAUUUUGAAGAAUUCUGUAUUCCAAGAUGUUGGGAUUAGCAUGUGUUCAGAGUGUUUUUAAUAAGAGGGAAGAAAUUAGUUCAACUUUAAUAUACAGAGUGGUUCUUUAUUUGCCUGAAGAAAAAAUAUGAGAAUACAGUUUGCUUUUCCCAAA